CUAUAUUUAGCGCGGGUGUCGAGAGGGAGAAAGCGACGGAGAAAUAUUCCGAAGGGACAAGUCGACGCGACGGUCUCUCGAAAGAGCCGUCACGAAAAAUUCCGAUUUCAAGCGAAAAAGAGAGAAGAAGAAGAGAUGUAAUCAUUGUUAUUAUCGACCCUGAAGAUCGUACGCGAUUCUCGAGUUAAUCCGCGACUCCGAGGGUGGAGGCUCUACAAGUUCCCGCGGUGUUGCCAGGAUCUUGACGGCGUGUCCUCGAUAUUGCGCCGUAAAGACACCCGAUACGCAAAAAUGCAGUAGCGCGGAAUCGGAGAGCGAGUCAAAGCCGAUCUCAAAGAGGGAAUCGUCGCGGUGCGUGUAGCGUUACUACGAACAACGAGAUAAAGCAGACGUGACGGAUAAAAAAGCACAACGCUCGACUGAAAAUUCAGCGUCGAUCUCCUCUCGACGCGUGUGAAAAGAAACCGGAACGCACCGAUAAUUCGACCAUACCAAGUAGGCGUGAUAGCUCAGGACAGUCGGAUUUCUAGAGCGACGUCCGGUCGAGUAAUACAAUUUGCCUCGCGUGACGCGACAACGUCGUGAACUUGACGCAGCUGAAUCCCACAUCGCUCCGAGGAGAUUCGAGAAAUGCGAAGACAUGCUGACCGCUGAGAAUCCCGAGGAAUCGCCGAAGCGGCGGUCCACGUUCUACGUGCCGUUGGACGGCAGCGAGCCGACGCGGCAGCCGAUCGCCAAACUGACGAAGGGCCAUUCAACGGAUGGCAGUUGCGAGAAAUUCGCCUGCAACACCUUCCCCAUCGGCAGCACGUCGAAGACGCCGACGACCGGGUCGCUCACGCGCACCUUGAGCAACAACGACGGCUUUACGUCGAGCGCAAGGAGAAACGCGGACGAGACGUUACCCGAAGUGAGGGGGAAGGUGCAGUCGUUGACGAGAAUCUUCGAGGCGUCCAAGUGCGAGCGAACGCCCGCGACGUCCAGCGGUCAGGUGGAGCAGAGGAAGAAGGUCGAGAGAACGAGAUCGUUCAAGACCAUCGAGCGAUUCCAAAGUCGAUUCACCGGGAGGAAAGACUCCAGCAGCAGGAAGGAUAGUCGUCUGAACAACACUAUCGCUUGCUUCGAAGUGGAUAAUGAUGCCGGAUGCAGGAAGAAGGCAAACGCCGAGGAGAAACCCGCGACGAGAAUCGUCGUCGACUCGGUCCCGAAGUCAGCCGGGUCCAGCCGCGAUCAUAGGAUCAGCCAUCAGGAGCCCAGGAUCAAGCAGAACACGACUCUCACGAAUCUCCUGAUCCGUAGGACUCACAGCACGAAGCUGGCGAGGAGCAACAGCACGCUGGUGCGUCUUGGAAGGCACGCGUCCGUCGAUAGUCCUUGCACCGUCGAGAAACCGGACGUUCGUGCGGGUAACGAUAGAUUCAAGAACGAAGAAACCACCGAGGAUCCCGCUGUCGCCGAUGAUGAAUGCAUCGAGUCGUCCGUCUUCGAGGACGCCGAUAUCGACUGCGGAGUACACUCAGACACAUCGUACGAGAAGGCUUGUCGAAGAGGUAGCGCGCCCGCAACCCCGGUGCUCGGCGCACGACCCCUGGAUGUCACCCCAAACAGAAUCGUUAACUUCUUCUCGAAGCGGUCGUUCCGGUCGAACCCUCUGAAGAGGACGAAGAGCGUAACGAAGCUUGAGCGGCAGAAGCAACGGGGCGCCGGUCUCCGGGGAUGCCGUUCGCACGAGUCUCUGCUGUGCGGUCAGGCGGUGACCUCGAUGGACCUCGCGGCGGUGACGCCGCUGCAUCCAAGCCUCCUCGGCAGGCCCCACUGCUUCCAGGUCACGCCGAGCACCGGCGGGCCCAAGUAUUUCAGCUGCAGAACCGCUCACGAACGGGACCAGUGGUUGCACAGCUUAAGGAAAUCCGUUCAGCCGGAUGCGGAACAGACACGCCGAACGGACAAUUCCCUACAGAUCUGGUUACUGGAGGCGAAGGGCGUGCCCGCGAAGAAGCGAUAUUUUUGCGAGGUUUGCCUCGACAGCACCUUGUACGCGCGAACGACUGCCAAGCUGAAGGCCGACUUGUGCUUCUGGGGCGAGCAUUUCGACUUCCAUCAUUUGCCGUCUGUCAACACCAUCCAGGUGAACCUGUACAGAGAAGCGGACAGGAAAAAGAAGAGGGACAAAAAUGUCUUAAUCGGUUCUGUCAGUAUACCAGUACACAAUGUGACAUCGCGUUACUUGACGGAGAAAUGGUAUCCCGUAGUAGGUGACAAGGGACCUCUCAAGGAGCCUCCUGCACUAAGAGUAAAGUGCCGUUUCCAGUCAGUUGAUAUAUUGCCGGUUCAGGUGUAUCAAGAGUUUCUGGAAUAUCUGAAAACCGAUUAUGCGUCGCUAUGCGAAAAAUUGGAACCCGUCAUCGGCGUCAAGGCGAAGGAAGACAUCGCGACUGCCUUGGUAGCGGUGAUGCAACGAGAGAAAAAAGCGCCGCAAUUCCUCGCCGAUCUCGUCAUGAUGGACAUUCAUCGAAUAGAUGAUGAAAGACUCACUUUUCGAGGGAACUCGUUAGCCACGAAGGCGAUGGAAGCCUAUUUGAAAUUAACCGGAGACAGAUAUCUACAGGAGACUCUGGGAGCCGUUGUGAGAGGCGCGGUCGAAGGUGGCGAUUGCGAAGUGGAUCCACUCAAGGUCGCUUCCGUCGCCGCCUUGCACAAACAACAGCAGAACCUUCGCAACGCUGUGGAACUGGCCUGGAGCAGAAUACUAUCGAGCCACGCUCAUUUUCCGCUAGAAUUACGCGAGUGCUUCCGCAUUUUCCGUGAGCGUCUGGCAGACCUGGGCCGCGAGGACAUCGCGGACAAUCUCAUCUCCGCAUCGAUCUUUCUAAGAUUCCUCUGUCCCGCCAUUCUCAGUCCGUCUCUCUUCAAUAUUACGCACGAAUAUCCGAACGAGAAAGCGGCGAGAAAUCUUACUCUAGUUGCGAAGACACUCCAAACACUUGCGAACUUCACGAGAUUCCAGGGCAAGGAAAAUUUCAUGGAAUUUAUGAACGAUCUACUCGAACGCGAGGCUCCGUCUAUGAAGAAUUUCUUGCAGCUAAUUAGCAGCCCACUGCCAAAGGAUGCACCAACUAAUAACUCGCUCGAAUUUGAUGGCUACAUAGAUCUGGGCAAGCAACUGUCUCUGCUACACGCUCUUUUGCGAGAAAGUGUGACAGCGAUAGCGCCAUCCUCGCCAUCGAUGCCACCGUCGCGAUUACCCGAGAUCCUCGACAGGAUCUCCGUAGCUUUGGAUCAACCGGGUCCAAGUCCCGUACCCACUGCCCAUCGUUACCCGAAUCUACAGAACAAUAUUUUCCGCUACAACGAUCCGACGAUCGCCAACAGCAACACGAAUCUCUCCAUCUCGGCCACGUCGACACUGAGCAAUCAUAGCACGAUAAACGGCACGAUCAGAGACAGCAACGAGGUGCUGCAAACCAAUACUUUGGGUCACAACAGUUCGCGCAGUCCGAACGUCGCCAGAGCGGCGACUCUACCGCGAAACGCUUACAUGCCAACGAAUGGCAAGCUGCAGUUGCAAAUCAGCUCCGACGAUUAUCCUUUGGAGCCGCCAGCGUUUGUGUCGCGCUCACCGACACCGAUUACGCGACAACACAGGCCACUCGGCCCCAAUCGAUCUGGACCAGGUUACAGACUAACAACCAGCGCGAGCCUGGCAAACGUCAAUCACUGCCAGACUCAUCCGACAAGUCCCACGCGUUCCGAGAGUCACAACAACCUGAAGGACUCGAAUUACAACAUCACCGCGUCACCUCAAAGCAUCCAGUCGAGUAACGGCAGUAUUGUUUCGCAGCAGCAACAGCAGCAACAACAUCGGCACAAUAUCGCGCGCUUGCAGAAUCUCGAUAUUCACGAUCGCGAGGACAAUUUCAAUCACAACAACUAUAACGUCUCGAGAUCAGCCAGCCGAAACCAUUGUCACAAGGAAGAAAACGCUAAUCAGACCCAACAGCGCAACUAUAACAAUGUCUCGAAGACCACAGUAAACGCCAAUGUGGUCGUCAAUCCGCCUACGAAUCUCACACUGUCAAUCAAUCAUCAGCCCAACAAUAAUUACAACACUUCCAAGACAAACAACGCGUCCGCCAACGGCAAUCUCGAUGAGCUGUCCGAUUUACUGAGAUACGCGGACGACGAAGUGUCGGAGUCUAAGUCGCAGAAGGGCUCGCAGAUCUCCAUCUCGCAAUUGAGCAACGUGGCUUCUUCCGGUUAUCAGAGCUUCGCCGCUUACAGCCAGAGCUCCAGCCCGGUGGAUCUCAGCAGCAACAAUGCGAACGCGCAUAUUCUCAACACGGCACCGCUAGCAUUCGCGAAUCCUGUUUACCAUAUGGAGUCGAAUCACGCGAGGACAGGCAGACGAGGCAGCACUAGUUCCGAAGAGAGAGAUGGUAGCGGCGGCGGUGGCAUCGACAGUGUAAGAGGUGUCGAUCUGAGCCCUUCGCCACCGCCUAAGAAUAACGUGCGAAAUCACCAGAGAAACGGUCAGAACCAAUGGCGACAGGGCAAUCAAAGAAACAACUCGGAGCACACGCAGGACGUUUGUUGCACGAAGCUCCGAAGAAGACUCUCCCUCGAUUCCACGAGGGACCUGUCGGAUACCAGUGAGGAAGAGAAUUGCACCACCAGGAGAAGCAAGUCUCGCAGUCAUCGAAGCAUCGAUCAGUACGAAGUGGAUCUGUAUGAGGUGGAGAGGCUACAGAAUAGCGUAGAUCGGCUGCGAUUGCGCGCGCGAUUAGGCGCCACCGAGGAUGCCGAUUUAGACCUCGCGUCCGACAACAACAUGAAGAGCAUCAUUUCCAGGUUAAUCUCCGUGGAGGAGGAGCUACGUCGCGAACAGCAGAAGAUGUCGGCGGCGUUGUCGUACAAGCAGCGCGUGAUCGACGCGCAGGAACAGCAAAUAGCUGCCCUGGGUGCCGCGAAUUCGCGUCUGAUGUCGACGAACGCGAGCCUGCUUUCGGCGCUGAGCAAGCAACGCUACAACGCCAAGUCCCAGGCCAACAGCGAAGCCGCACCCCUGCUGCAGAACAUCGCUGAUAUCGGCGAGCUUAAAAGCUCGUCGUGCUAAAGCGCGCGCUAGACACGACCGGGAAUCGAGAAAAACGUCCGAGAAGAGAUCUUCGAACGGAGAAAACGUGUUCUUUGGAGAAGCCUCGUGCUGCAAUACGCAUCGUAAACAGUGUCAUCUCAACGGCAACGUUCAUCUUUUCUGAACAAUAACUUUAACACCACCGCGAGAUAGCCGAUUUGUUGGAGGAGAGAUAAGAAUUUCGAAAGGGACUGAUUAUUGUGCGAAUCAACGUUAUUCGAGGGAGACAGGAGAGGGCUUUUUAUUCGGAGAAGCGCGAGAAAUGCAUUGGGUCUUCCUUGGUUGCGAUUCGUUGCAUGAAUUCCAUGAGUCGUUUAAUCGACGCUCGUUAUCUCCCCGAUCCCGAGAUCACGCGCUCGAAAACUUUAAACGUGCAGCGCGAGUAUAGAUAGACUCGGUGUCGAUCUAGAAACUCGCGAAACUCGAGGAUGCGAAGCAUAGUGCCGGAAAAAAACAAUAGAUUGCGACAUGGGAGAGAAUGGCGUGCGAGAAAUAGAGGCUAUUUAGUGAAUAGGCAGACCGAGUAAGUAGACAACUUUCGUCGAGUUUAUAUAAUGUGACAUAGGCGUUAGGCUAGGUUUAUUUAUAUACGCGAAUAAGAGGAAAAUCCGCGACUCUCGUCCGAGGUCCGAUCAUCGCCCUGAUAGCUUAAACGACGAUCGACUCGCGUCAGCGCUGACCAGUGAAACAAACACUCGCGACCGCGAGUCUCCCGACGGCGACUUUGCUUCGUUCGGCACGAACGAAACGAAAGUGGCAACGAGACCAAUUUUGAUUUUAUUUCUAAAUUGAGGAUUCUCGAUCAGCAGCGAAAAGCGAAUCGAUUGCGUCUUCAUUGAUCCUGAUGUAAUUAUCAGCGCAUGAAUAGAAAUUGAACUUCGUUGAGUCGAAUAUUUAAUAUGAGCGUAAAGUAUGAGCUGAAACUCGUCAAAAGUAUAUCUUUUUCAUUUUUAUUUAUCUGGAUCACUUGUCUAGAACAACCAAGAUUACGAGGUUUUAUCAACUUCGGUUUGCUGAACGAUUAAAGAUCGGGUGGCAUCAAGUAGUUCGUUGUUUACGCGACGAAAGAUCGAUGUCAGAUUCCAAUUGGAUCGUCCAAUUAAGGAUCACUUCGUCCGGCAGCGGGCACUCGGACGGCACAAGAAGCCCCGAUCGACGAAUCGCUUAUAUAUUUCUACUAUUCUUGUUUCUACUAUCGUAUCUACGCACAGCCACACGCACCGUAACAGUUUAGAAAUAAUAUGAUACCAGAAGGGUAUAUCGACGUUCGCGCCACAUCACGACAUAGGAGCAGCAUCCUCGAGCACCGGAUCGUACUGCAGGACCUCGUAUAUAUAUCUAUACAUAUAUAUAUAGGCGUGUCUAUUUUUCUAGUUUGUUCCCCGAGUGCACGGUCUCUCACGGCCACAAAACACUUUUAUUUUUUGCGUGCGAAUUUUUCGAUCGCCAAGUCUGCGUUUUCUUUCUAAAACGAACGAAUCUGGCCGAAAUAGCUUGCGCGAUUUUUCUUUAGACCAUCGAGUAUCGAGCGAGGAACGGAACAAGCUUCCACGACCAAAAAAGCGAGAGUCCGUCGAGCGAAAGAGGGCUCGGACUUUCAAAGCGAAACGUUUCGCGCCCGUCUUCGAACUUUUUUUUAUCUCGACGAGCCGCGAGCGAAUUACGACUACCUUUGGUUUAGCACGACCCUUUACUCUAAGCGACGAUAUUUAUUUAGUAGUGUUUACCAAAGAUGAAGAAUUUCGCAUUGUAAAGAGAGUAUUGAGAUUUAUGUAAGAUAUUUGGUCCUUUGGUCCUCUUCUUUUUAUUUGCCUUCGCCGUUCCCGACGAAGGCGAUAAUAAUUAUUGCUGUGCACGGAAGCGACGCAAACGGAAACUCGAGCUCGAGAAAAACGGUGUGCAUGGCACGUAAACGAAAUUCGGAAACCGUUUUUCCCGCUCGAUAUUGUCCGAGGCAAAACUUUUGCACACCAAGCCAUGCGCAGAUUCCCCUUUAUACCUUGCGCGCGCGUAAAGCAGCGCUAUAACGCAUGACAAUUAAUUAAUUAAUUAUAUUUCUUAAAGGUCUCGCUCGUUCGCAAAGCGUUAAUGUGUUACGUUUUACAUCACAAUAACAAUUAUUAUUGCAGCCAUUGUCGUAUAACGCGUGUGAAAGACCUGAGUGAGAAGACGAAUGAGAGAGCGGGAGAGAAAGGAGAAAAAAAGGAGAGCGUGAAAGAGAGACUGAAAGAGCGUGAAUCUGCGUGAGAGGGAGCGUGAGAAAAGAUUAUAAUCGAUCUAAUCUCGCUAAGGAAAAAAAAGUAUUAUCUCGUCAACUUUGUACCAUAGUGUUAUUCUCGCCUGUCCGUGCGCGUUUGAGUUUCUUGCCUGACGCCAAUUACUUUUGUAUAGAGACUGUCCUCAUCCUCCUUUCUUCUCAUCCCUCUAUCACUUCUUUUUAUACUUUCCCUUCUUCCCUUAUCACGGAGAAAAUAACCUUACUGCGUUUGCAGGAAACCGCCCCCUUAGACCUACUUUCUUCGACUCGUUUAGUAUUUACAUCUGAUAAAAUUAAUAUAUUAACGCUACCGCCCUUUCUUCUUGUUGGACGAUGUAAUCGAUAUCUAUUUAAAGAAUCACUUAAAUUAGCGUGUACAUUAUUAAGUUUUGGUAUAUUCGUUUCUGCAAUAGACCACCUGUAUUUAAGCAUAUAGCGACUAUUACACUACAUGAACAAAUAAAUACGAUUAGACAUA